GGCGUUCGUGUGGUUGACGUCAUGACGCCUGCGGACGCGCUGCUGACGUGUAGGUGUGCUUGAAUGCAGCGCUUUUAUGAAGAAGUGUGAGUGACUUGCACGACAACCAUGGGGAAGAGGAGGGUGCCAGAUCUCUACAGAGCCCCCUUUCCCUUGUACUCCAUUAAAGUGGACCCUAAAACAGGGCUGGUGAUCACAGCAGGAGGAGGAGGGGCUUCCAAGACGGGCAUAAAGAAUGCUGUGCAAUUCCUGGAUCUGCAGCUGGUUGGAGAGCACCAGUACAGUGCCAGUCUCCUUCACUCUCAUGAUACUGAAACACGCGCCACCAUGAACAUGGCUGUGGGUAACGGCGUGAUAGCUGCAGGACAGGACGGGACCUGCUGUCUGAUGAGCUUUAAACCGUGCACACAGAAAGAAGGAGGAAAAGCUGCUAAAGACGUGUGUCAUUGUGCAGGAGGGAACAGCGUGCAGCAGGGUAAUGCCAGGCGGCGAGCUGGCAAAGGAGACAAAGGUGAACAGGACGGAGCUGCAGCGUCCGGAGAUAUGUCAGAUAUGAAGGAUGAGACGGCUCACAUUUCUGUCACUGGUUUGGCUGAAGUUCAGUCAGACCUGAACCCUCAGGACCCACUCCAGAAAGUGGUCAGGUUCAGUCCUGACCUGAGCCUGCUGCUGACAGGAGGCACAGACGGACAUGUCCGAGUCUGGGAGUUUCCUUCCCUGAAGAAAAAGUUUGACUUCAAAGCACAUGAAGGGGAGAUUGAAGACUUGGAUAUGAGUCCAGGGAACAAGCAUCUGGUGACUGUUGGUCGGGACUUUGCCUGCAGUGUAUGGAGUGGCAACCAGUUGGCUAUGGGUCUUAAAUGGCUUGAAACCAUGCCUCAAAUAGCUGAGAAGAGUUAUCGAUAUAUGGCUUGCAGGUUUGGAAAAGUAGAAGACCAAAAAGACGCUCUGAGGCUUUACACAGUCCAGAUCCCCCAUAAACGAGACAGAAAACCUCCUCCUUGCUACCUCACUAAGUGGGAUGGCAAGAGCUUCCUACCCAUGCUGACGGCUCCGUGUGGCACAGAAGUCAUCUCCACUUUGGCUGUCAGUGACUCUGGAACAUUUCUUGGCCUUGGAACUGUGACAGGAUCGGUUGCUAUCUACAUCGCUUUCUCCCUACAGAAGCUGUAUUAUGUCCAGGAGUCCCAUGGCAUUGUUGUGACAGACCUGGCCUUCCUGCCCAACUCGCUGAAAGGCAAAAAUAUCAAAGGGAAUAAUGAAACAGCCAUGUUCAGUGUAGCUGUGGACAGCCGCUGUCAAGUACACACUGUCCCAAACCGAAGUUCCUUUCCUAUCUGGCUGGUGCUCUUCUUCUGUGGCCUCAUGGUGGUGGGACUCGUCCUACUACUACAGUACCUCUUUCCAGGAUUUAUUUAAAUCAUGCAAGUCUUAUUACAGGUCAGGUUGAUGGAGCUUGGACACCAUCUCUUCACAUGACUUACUUUGCCACUGUCAACAUCAGCAGUCCUCAGUGUAACAUCCAAACCUGCAGCACCACAACUCCCAGCUGAGCCCAUAAAGGAUUUUCCAGCUGCAGUGCUGACUCUGAAAAGCUUUUAUGGCACCCUGAUGUUGUCUCCACUCAGCUCUUACUCAGGGUUGUUCUUCUCAGACCUGUAAACCCAGUGGAAUCAAACAGGACAGACUGGGGGAUUUUUAUUUGCUUUGAUCUCUAUGAAUUAUUCUUAUUUCUUUUUUGGAUUCAUGAUGAAGGGCUCAGGUUCCUGAAUGUUUAAAGGGGGGGGAUCUUUUUAUUGACAUAUUUAAAAAACAAUGUAAAAAAUAUAUAAAUGAUUGGCACAUAAUGUGUCUGAUUUUGUUUUCUGUAUACACAUAGAUGCUUUGAAUUCUCUUUUGAUGUGUUUUUCCAUUUCAUCCACUUGUGGGCAGCAGAGAUCAGCCUCUGGUAAAGACAGUGCCAGUGAAGAUGAAAUGUUAAAACAUCUAUUUGUACAUUAAUUUCUCAAAUUAGACAUACAGCUACAUGUUUCAACUAUGACCGGGUUGCCCAGUGUUAAGUAAAUAUUUCAACAGAAAUGGAGAAUCAGUUGAUAUUAGUACAAGAAACUAGAUGUGGGAAAAUAUAAGUGAAGUUGCUUUAAGCAUAUAAGAAGCAGGGGGUCUGUGUAAACUUAAUGAUAAUGUUAUUUUUACUUGAGCGAAAGCUUGAUAUUACUUUCUUUUAUGAAGGUUGUCACCUUUAAUUUUAUUUAAACACUGUCUGCAGAUAUGUUUCCCAGCAGAUGUACAAAAAUGUGAAUGAAUUUUUAAAUGAUGCCAAUAUUACUGUAACCAACUUGGUGAAAUGAUAGAGGAAAUAAAAUAUUAAGAACGGUAGCUAAAAAACA